GAAGUUGUUUUGCCCGUGAAUGUUUUGUGUAGGAAACAAAUGUUUACUCACAUCGUUGAUAUCUUUAUAACAAAGUCGAACGUUAGGUGGGUGACCGUUGUCAAUUGUAGCUAAAUAAGCUAAGUAGGAAGCUGCGUAAUUUGGUUUAUCCAAGUUUCACCAAAACCACGCCACGUGAUGUGUUUUUGUAGCUAACUCGCCGUUUUCAACAAAAAAUUCCAUCUUCUAGCUAGAUUCUAGACAGCUUUAACCGUAACUUCAAUUAAACGCCGUUUGAAAUAGCUGCCCGUCUCUUUAAUAACUGAGCAACGGCACACGUCAGCAAAUAUACGCCUGUUUCAAAUAAACGCCAGGUCUAAAUGAGUUGUUUACACUAGGUAAACAAUUCAAGUUAAACACUUUAAUGUUUUGAUUUGUUGAGUUUAAAUUAUUCAGUGAUGACUUACUGGCGUUUUUAUCGUCAGUAAAAACGGUCGUAAUAACUACAGAACAUUUUAAUCGGCAUUAUAUGGCAAAAUAAACCUUAGUGUGUAAUUGAUAAGACGUUAAUUCAGGAAAUUAAGAAUUGAUUAAAAUGCUGGAAGUGAACGCUGGAAUUAAACAAUUAACUAUGCAAAGCUGUGUGUAUUAAGAAAAUGCACUGAACAUGCAACCAUUUCGAAGAUUUGACUGAGUUAUAAGGAAAUCGGUCAAUUGAAAUAAAUUAUUUGGGCUCUAAUCGAUUUUUUGCUUGACUGGGAAUACAGAUAUUUGUCUGGUCAGAUACAUACAAAAAAGGUGUAUCAGAGCCAGUGCGACACACCACCUUCGUAUAGUUGAUCAGGCUGUUGAUUGUGGCCUGUGGAAUGUUGUCCCACUCGUCUUCAAUGGCUGUGUGACGUUGCUGGAUAUUGGCUGGAACUGGAACACACUGUCAUAUACAACGAUCCAGAUCAUCCCAAAACAGGCUCAUUGGGUGACAUGUCUGAAUGUCAGUAAGGAGGAUAUUAGAGGCACUUUAGUCAACAAGAUGAAGAUCAAACAACGUUCAAAAACUACGCCACUGCACAAAAAAACCAUGGGGACUAAACGCCAUGGAAACCUGGGUAUAACACAAACAGAACAUGACCCACAGUCAGGUGAUGACUCCACCGGCAGAGAUGAACCAGAUUGUACCCAAGCACUCUCAAAGAGCACCAGUUCAAAUCCUCAUUCAGAUUCUAGUACACUCCACAAGGAUCCUGUGGUAGUGCUAACCAGGUUGGCUGAGGUGGUGGUUAAGACACUUCUGAGAGACAUUAAAGUGUGUUUGGUGAAGGAGGUGACGGAUGUCAGGAAGGAUGAAGACAACCAUGGAGGUUCUCCUCAGUUCUUUCCUUGUCCACACUGCACCAUCUCCUUUACUGACUGUUACUUCCUGGAGAACCACAUCAAGACCAAACACCAGAAGCAGUACCUGGCCAUGUUGAGAAGCCAAGUCUCAAAGAGUAAAAGAGUGUACGGCCCCACACACAGCUGUGCCCACUGUAGCUGCAUGUUCCAUACACCACGACAGCUAGACAUCCACACCCGCCAGGCCCACCCCUCUGCCCGUCCCCAGAAACCUGCCCCUCCCCGGAGAACUGGCCGUCCCCACAGGGUACAGGAGAAAUUCCACACCUGCCCACAGUGCUCCCGCAGAUUCAAGUACCUGGGCAGCCUGCUGAAGCACUGCAAGAGUUUGCACAAAAUGGCUGUUGUUCUCACCAAUGGACACAUCAGUUGCGCAGACUGUGAGAAGAGCUUUGAGAAUUGCUGGGGCCUGGGGCCUCACCGGUGUCACGAACCAGAGGGCAAUAAACCGAAGGACGCUAAACAGAUGGUCAUUAAGGAAGUCGGCUUCCAAUGCUUAGAUUGUGGCAAGAUCCUCACUACUCCUACGAGCCUGAACACUCACAUGCGCAUCCACACUGGAGAAAAGCCUUUUGUCUGCAAGGAGUGUGGCAAGCGCUUCUCAGAUACCAGCGCUUACCGUUAUCACUUGUUAAUACACAAUGGGGUCAAGCCAUUCAAAUGUCAGGACUGUGGGAAGGCUUUCAAGCAGAAGUCGCUCCUCAGGAAGCACAUGACUGUUCACUCUGGUGAGAGGAAGUACUCCUGCUCCCAAUGCGACAGGAAGUUUGCAUACAGGGAGAGUCUGAAGCUUCACCUGCGUACACACUCCGGGGAGAGACCUUUCAAAUGUACUGUCUGUGGUAAAGACUUUGCUGACAAAGGUUAUCUGAAGACUCAUCUGAAGAUCCACAGCAACCAGAAAAACUACCAUUGUGGGGUUUGUGGGCAGAAAUUCAUAAGGAUUGGGGUGCUGAACAUACACCUGCGCUCACACACUGGUGAGAGGCCUUACCAUUGCACAGUGUGUGACAAGCAGUUUGCCCGACUCGACCACCUGAAGAACCACCAGCGCACUCACACAGGUGAGAAACCAUACACCUGUACCGAGUGCGGUAAAAGCUUCACUCAGUCUGGAGAUCUAACCAAACACAAGCGCCUCCACACUGGGGAGAGGCCAUUUGAAUGUUCUGAAUGCCACAAACGCUUUAUCUGCUCUGCUUCUCUGACCCUGCACAUGAGGACCCACACUCACCGUGACGUAAAGCCAUACUCCUGCCAAGAGUGUGGGAAGAGCUUUUAUGAACAGAGUCAUGUGAACGGCCACAUGAAAAUCCACAAGGGGAAACGUUAUUCCUGCCCCCACUGCUUUCUCAGCUUUGCUCGCAAGUCCAACCUCUCCAAACACCUGCUUAGACGUCAUAAACCUAAAUGAUAAUGAUGUAUAUUAACAUAACACCUUUUAUGAAACUGUUACUCUUAUGAAUUAAAUGGAGGGGAGUCUGAUCUCUUUUGUCAGUGAUCGAUGUGUGACAUCAAAUUCUAACUAAAUUUUGCCCCAUGUUUAUGAUAACGCUGCAAUGUUCUAACAAUCCUCCAGUUGGGUCACAGUGAGCUCCAUGUAUUGGGACAGUGACACGUUUUGUUUCUCCUGCAGCACUUUGGAUUUGAAAUUAUACAACGACUGAGGUUAAAGUUCAGACUCCGCUUUAAUUUGAGGGUAUUUUCAUCCAUAUCGGGUGAACCGCUUAGAAAGAACAGGAUUUUUUGUACAUAUUCCCCCCCAUUUUUAAGGGAAUGGUUAAAUGGUUUGGUCCCAUAUUCCCAGCAUGCAAUGCUUACAUUAAGCUUGACUGGAUGCGUUUGCUGUUUGUUUUGGUUGUGUGUCAGAGUAUUUUGUGCUCAAUAGAAAUUCAUGGUAAAUAAUGUAUUGUCACUUUUAUUAUAAAUUAGAAUAGUGUAUGUUUUCUUCUAUUUUAGUGGCUACCAUGAUUACGGAUAAAACUGAAUGAAUUGUGAUUAAUGAGUGAAAGUUAGAAGCAUAAAUAUCAUACCCCCUCAAAAUGCUAACCUCCCCUGUUAUUGUAAUGGUAAGAUGUUAGCAUGUCUUGGGCAUGAUACUUGUGUGUCUGUACUCUAGCUUUCUCACUUAUUAUUCACGACUAUCCGUAAUCAUUGUAGCAUCCAACAAGUUUGUAGAGUAACAACCUUGUUGUAAUCCAUAUGUGCUAGGACAAUGGGACCAAAUACUACACUUUUGACUACUUUUACCACACAGGGAAUUUGUACCAAUUCUUUCAGUCCCCCCCUCCCCCCUUUUCAAAAAGUGUAAUUUCUAAACUGUUCAUAUGGAUAAAAAUACAAAUUAAAGCUGACUGUCUACACUUUAACCUAAUAAUCAUUGUAUCAUUUCAAAGUCUGGAGGUACAGAGCCAAAAUAACAAAACAUAAUUCACUGCCCCAAUACUUUUGGAGCUCUUUUGUUAAUAUUAUUGCUCUUUUGUUUUAUGGAUGUUUAACCAGUUCAAUGUAAGCUACAUAAUCCCUACAAGUAGUUAUCAUGAGGGCCAUAAAUGAUAACUAGUAAUGUUGCAUACUCAAAGAAAGGUAAUCUCACUUCUGGUCAAAAAAUUGAAGUUAAAUGGCUGAGGUCAAUUUUGAGGGCUCAAGUACGCAGUACAAAUAUGUUAUGGAUUUCCUUUUCAACAAAAUUGUAUGAAUAAUGCUUGAAAUGACUUAUGUGCUUUCUAAAUAUAGCAUAAAUAAAUUAUAAAAUGACGAGUUCACCUCAUAACUGUAAAUAUCAUAUUUGUAUGUUUAGUGUUAAAGAGCGUGCAUAUUUUCUACAGGUUUCUCUUGAUCAAAGUGUUUGCCCCCAUCGCUGUGGAAAUUUCACAGCGCUCUAGAUUGCCUUCAUGAACUCGUUAGGAACUCUCCAUGUUAAUCUUUUUUGUUUAAAAUCUAUUAAUUGUUUUAGAUUAUUGGCUAUAAAUCCAUCUCUGAAUGUGCUACUGUAAUGAAACCACUCUCCUACUGCGCUAUGAUGUAAGGAUUGCAGGCAUGUGCUUUGUCAGUAGCUGUGAUAUAGGGUUCAGCCAGGAGUUGGACAGUUGGAAGAGUGAUUGAAAUGGUAGAAGGGACAUCCCAGCUUCAAGUGGUGUUAGAUUUCACAUCCUACAUUACGCAGGGUCGGAACCGGUACCAGAACCACCCAAACAAGGGACCUUAUGUCUAAGAGGUUAUAAACACCAGUUUAUUUCAUUUUUUUAAUUUGCUCAGAUGGUUUCAUGACUGAUUGUCCUGAUGAUCAGUAGGCGAUAAUAAAUUCUGAAAGAUCGUCAGUUUUCUUUGCUUUGUGUUUGUAGUAUAUUCCUUGAUUUGGAACAAGAGGAUAAUUUAUGUAAAGGUAACUCUGAUACUAUUGUUAUAAACAUGCCAUUUAAUUAAAGUUAAUUACAUAGAGACCACAUUUGUUUCAGUCCAGAAGCCUGUAUUGCUUUUUUGUUGUGAUCUUUGAUUAUUUAACCUUUUAACUAGACAAGUCAGUAAAGAACAAAUUCUUAUUUUACAU